AUGUUUUCAGAGGUCAUCUCAUUCCCGGUCGACUACGUCCCGGACUGUAAGCUCACUAAGUGGGUUUCAAAGAGAACUGGGUUGCAAUUGAUCCAUAUAGAUUACAAGUCAUCGCCUCUGGUGCAAGGCUAUUUUGCAUUGGCUACAGAGUGUCCCAAUGAUUCAGGUGCACCACACACGCUGGAGCACCUUGUGUUCAUGGGGUCCAAACAGUACCCGUACAAGGGUCUUCUCGACACAGCAGGUAAUCUGUGCAUGUCCUCUACUAACGCAUGGACAGCUACGGACCACACGGCGUACUCACUCACGACCGCUGGGUGGGAAGGAUUUGCCAAAUUGCUCCCCGUGUACCUCGACCAUGUGCUAUUCCCGACGCUGACAGACGACGCCUGCGUCACUGAGGUGCACCACAUCGACCCGGAGAACUUGUCCGACAAAGGUGUUGUCUACAGUGAGAUGGACGCCAUAGAAAACCAAAGUUGGUUUAUUACCAACUUGGCCAUGCAAAGACUGGUGCACCCAAAUGGCAGUGGGUACAGAAGUGAAACAGGUGGGCUCACCCACCAAUUGCGUGACCUAACCAACGAACAGAUUAGACAGUUCCAUAAAGACAUGUACUCAUCCGAUAACCUGUGUCUAAUCAUCACUGGGAAUUUGGAUUCACAGGAACUACUGAAUAUCGUUCAACAAUGGGACGACACUUUGACUGCAAAAGUGGACGAGCAAAGACGUAGACCAUUUAUAGACACACCGCUGUCCCAGAUCCCAGCAUCGAACACCACGUUACAAGAGACCUCCGUUGAGUUCCCAGAACUAGACGAAUCACAAGGUGAGGUCAUGCUUACUUGGAUUGGGGAAUCCUACUUUGACUACGUGAAUGACCUGGCCGUCACGAUUUUAAUGGAGUAUUUCACGGAAACAGCCGUGGCGCCGUUCACCAAACAGUUGGUAGAAAUUGAUGACCCACUAGCGACAAGCGUCGAAUACUGGACUGACGAUUAUAUGCGCACAAUUGUAAACAUCUCCAUGCGCGGUGUCCCCACAGACAGCUUGGAAGAGGCCAAAUUAAAAUUGCUCGAGAUCCUCGCGUCGCACCAAAUUGACCUGACAAGAAUGAAACAAGUCAUAGAUACCGCCAAAUGGGAGUACAUUAUCAGAAGCGAAAAGGCUCCGGAAAAUACCAUUUUGAAUACUUGUAUCACUGAUUUUCUGUACGGUAACAACGACGGAAGCUCUUUGAGAGCCUCUGUGGCAACGUUGAGCGACUAUACACUUCUCAUGGAUUGGAAUGUGGACCAAUGGCAGGCUUUGUUGGACCGUGUAUUUAUUGCAAACAAACCGCAUAUCGUUGUUGGAAGACCAAGUGCAACUCUCUAUGAACAAAUUGAGAAGGACAAUGAGCUUUUGUUGAAGGAGAGGGAGAACAAACUUACUCCUGAGGAAAGGAAAAAGAUUUUGGAUCUUUUGACUAAUGCCAAAUUGCACAAUGACAUCAAGAUUCCAAAGAGUAUAUUGACAGGUUUUGAAAUAGAGAAUCCAACCACCUGUGUGAACUUUACCAAGACUAAAAGUGUAACACCUUUGCCAGAAUACCAGUUUAAUGACACAAACGAUAACUUGACCAAAGAACUCAUUACUAUGAAACCGCAAGAUUUCCCCAUGUUUAUUCAUUUGGAACACUUCCACGCACAGUUCAUCGAGUUUCAUUGUAUUUUGAAUACAGCAGUUAUCAAAGAUGAGACACUACUUCCAUUUUUCCAUGUCUUUGAUAGACUGUUUUCAAUGCCUAUGUUGUUGGAUAAUGGCGAAAUUUUACCCUUUGAAGAUGUUGUGUCGAAAUUGAACUCGGAGACGGUGGAUGCACAAAUCUCUCUCGGUGUGCAAGGCACAUUUCCUGAUCUGAUCGAUAUUAGAGUUAGAUGCAAGUGCGAGGAAUAUUCUCAGGCGGUCGACUGGGUCAAGCACGUGCUGUUUGACAUGCACUUCGAUGAAACUCGUGUUAGCGUUUUGCUAGAAAAUUACUUAAACUCCAUUGUUGAAUUGAAGAGAGAAGGGGAUGUCAUGUUGCAAUCGAUCACCAACAGAAAUUUGUUCACAGAAAGAAGCAUCCAGAAGUCUGCUGACCCUCUGUUUGUUGAAGACACGCUGAAGCAGAUUUUAGACGACAUCAAAGAUGGCAAAUUUGAAAACUGUAUCCUACCAAAGCUUGAAACGAUGAGAAGUCAUUUAAGGCGCCAGUUUGAUAAAUUCCAUUUGUUGGUCUUAGGUGAUAUGGAAAAAAUUAAAAGUGAGUUGUACACAGCAUGGGGACCAUUAAUCAAGCAGAUCGGCACUACGGAAGAACAACAUUUGACUCGUAUCCCCGUAACUCCUAAACCCUUGAAUUCUAUCUCGGAUAUAUGCAAAAAUCCAUCACAAAGGGCUUUCAUUAUUACCACACCUGGUUCAGAAUCUUCGUACAUGAAAACAGUCACCAAAGUGCCUUUUGAUCUGGACUACUACCAUCCAGAUUAUGCUGCUGUCUCCCUGGCGUCCGAAUAUUUGCAGUGCGUCGAGGGGCCAUUCUGGAACGGUAUCCGUGGCUCCGGUUUGGCGUAUGGUGCCAACAUGAUCAAGAAGCCAGAGAUCAACACCUGGGAGUUCAGCGUCUACCGUGGGGCAGAUGUCAUCAAAUGUUACGAAACAGGGAGAGCUACAGUCGAAAACUUCGCCAAUGGUGUUGAGGCAUUCGAUCGCCAACUAAUCAUGGGUGCCUUGAGUUCGAUUAUCAACACAAUCGCAUCUAUAGAGAACGGUUACCUUGCCACUGGUAUCAGCAAGUUCAUUGACGAGUUUAUCUUAGAGAGGGGCACUAAAUUCACGGAGGAUUACCUAAGGAGACUUUCAGAGGUUACUGUUGAAGAUCUACAACGCGUAAUGAAACAGUAUCUGAUCAACCUAUUCGAUUCCGAGAAAAGUGUCGUAUUUGUCAGUUGUCAUCCAUCUAAGUUGGAAUCGAUACAAGAAUUCCUAGAAGGCGAAGGGUUUACUAUUGAAUUAGAAGAACUGGAGGAUGACGAGGAUGAAGAUGUCAGCAGUUCUGAUGAAGAUUAG